AUGAGGCAAGACAGGAUGCCAGCAGUUCGGGCCCUGGACAGGCGCUUUAAAGUGCAGGUCACAGGGCUCGCGAACGAGAUUGAACCUGGAGCAUCGGUUCAGGCCUGGAACGGGGACGUCUGGUUCACAUAUGGCUCCAAGACGGGUACGAGCUCCGGCGCGGGCAUUGUUUGCCGACAGAGGAGGGAGGCAGAAAGCCUGCCCCUGGAUGGGUACGCCACGGUUUUCCAGACGGAGAUCGUGGCAAUCCUGAGAUGUGCCCAACUGGCCCUGGAAGUGAAGGAGACAGGUGGGCGCGUGAGAAUAUGUUCGGACAGUCAAGCUGCCAUCAAGGCACUCGAAGCUCCGAUUUACACCUCGCGGCUGGUCUGGGACUGCAGAAAUGCACUGGAGAAGCUGGCGGAAGACAAAGGAGUUAUCGUGACCUGGGUCCCCGGUCACUCGGGGAUUGAGGGCAACGAAGAGGCCGAUCGGCUCGCCAGGGCAGCAUCAGGAAUGGAAGUGUUCGGGCCGGGACCGGUGCUGGGGGUCCCUUUCUGCCUUGGCAGGGAGAGGCUUCGGGCUUGGCUGCGGAACGAGCACCUCGAGUUUUGGAAAAACGAGCUGAGGACCAAGUGUCGACAGGCCGGGGCUCUGCUGGGGGAAACACCCAGUGAGGACCUAGGUCGGGACAUAAGGUCCUUGAGCAGAAGGGACGCCAGGCUAGUGGUGCAAAUACUGAAUGGCCAUGGAGCCCUCAAUUACCACAUGCGCAGGCUGGGCCGUUCCGAUACGGCCGAGUGUAGGGCCUGUGGGGAGGAAGAGGAGACAAGUCUCCACAUACUUUGCGACUGUCCGGCCUACGCGGGGCUGAGACUAAAACUACUAAGCUCGGCAUUUCCCGAGCCAGGGCAAAUUAGCAGGCUGCCUAUGAGGGACCUGAGUCUCUUCUGGAGGGAAUCGGGGCUCCCAUAG